UUAUAUUGAAAAGAAGUACAAGGGGUACUUCAAUCCCAAUACAAGUAAGGAAGAAAGAAGGGAAAAAGACUGAAACGAGAACAAUACAAGGCAACCUACUACAACCAAAACUAACCCACCCCAUACCCCAAUGGAAAAAGGCUUUAUAAAAAUGGCCUCAUUAAAACCUUACUAGGAGAAAACCCCCUUGGGAAAACCUAGUAAGGAAAAAGAGUACCUAUUUAUAAAGCCGAGAAGAAUUUUCCAAGGGAGUUUACAAAGAAUCAAAAUAACCCCAGCCCAAUUACCAAUCCCACACCAGCCAAGCAGUAGGAACAAAUCCAUAUAUAUACCACCAACUACACCAAGCGCUCAAGUACUCUCCACCUGCUGCAUAAUUCUGGGUAAUAUAUAUUCUCCUCCAUGUGUGGCAGCAAUCCUCUAACACAGAAUAAUAACAGAUAUCCCACAAUGUUAAUUACCAAUACAGCACAAAGGCUCAUGUGUCCACUCAAAAAGUGAAUAUUGGAAAUUUCUCCUUCUAGCCUUUAGCCAACACCAGGACUUGAAUUUUAUCUUUUCCAAUAUCACAGAUAUCACCGCUUCUUCUUCUCUAAAAAUAGCAGCAUUCCUACUAUUCCAUAACACACUCACAGUGGCUAAAGGCUAGAUAGAUAAAAUGAAGUCAACAAUAACAAAAAAAAAAAAAAAAAAGACAGCAAUUAAAGAAGCAAAAUACAUAAAGUGACCAUUCCACAUUUCUACUACCUCGUUUCUCACUCAGUUUCCUUUGCUUCCUUAAUUUCUGUCUCUUCUACUUCUCUUUUCGCCAUUCCCAUUUCCUUCAAAACCCUACUAACCUUUCUCUCCUUAAUCCUGUUCUAUGAAUCUUCUCUUUCUCUUCCUCUCAAGUUUCAAGAAUGUUUAGCUGACUCACUCUGUUGCUUCUUUCUUGAAUGAACAAGAAUUCACCAAAACUUUCAUCUCUCAUUCCCUUCUCCACAUACUCUGCGUAUAAAUUAUCCACUUUUAGGGGUAUUGAAACUUGGUCAUUUUAUGCAGCUUUUUGGGAUCGACUUGCAAAGUUGCAAUCUCUGGUAAAUCAUGUCUCAACAAGAAACGGGUUCUGUAGCAGAUGUUAAACCCUUCUCCAUAAGACAGUAUGUUCUUGCUUCGCGUCGCAGUUGCAUCCUUCAUAACUGGCCAUUUUCUGAGAAGUAUUUGCAAAUGUGUCUCAACCAUGGUGUCAGAGAUGUGUUGCCACCAUUUGAAUCACUCAAAGGGUGUAAUUCCAACUUGAUGCCUUCUCCAAAUGAUAUUGACAGUAUAGGUGAGUUUGGCAAAACUGAAGUGCAACAUCAUCUUAUUCAGCCUCAGCAAAAUGUUAAGCAUGACUCUGACUUGUUCUCUCACGGAGAAGGAAACAAGGUUACCAACGACUGUAGCCGGCGAGACUACCUUUCAUCACAUGAAGAGGGUAAUCAACCUGAAAAGUUCAAUUUAUCUCAAUCAGCGGCAGCUAGAUGUUCAAUUCAUGUUCAUAAAAGUCGUCCAUCAUUUUCAUCUUCUAAGGCAGUAAAAGGUAAAUGCAGAAGAAGGGGUAGAGGGAGAUGUAAGAAACGCUCCAUGGUGGAUAUUUUAGCCGAAUCGCGGCACUGUACUCUAGAGGAGAUCUAUAGGGGGAACAAGUUAUGUUAUACUGAAAAAGUGGUGGAAGGAUAUCAGCAAAUGGUGCGUUUUGAAAAUAUUUCAAGAUCUGAGCUAACAGGUGGAAAUGAAGAUCAUGAAGUAGCUAAUAAUAUUGAUCAUAUGACAGGAAGGGGACCACUGCUUCUCAAGUUUAAGCUCAAUCGAUGCAAUGUAAAUCAGAAUAACAUAAAUUGAUUUCUUUUCAAUUACCUGUAAUAUAUUUUAUAUUCUCUGUAAAAUUUUCUUCUGUAAUUUAAAUGAGGAUCUCUUCCUCUCUGUAUUUUUUUGCAUGCUUUUUUUUAGUCCUCACAUCAAUAUUCAG